AUGGAUUUCGCCGCGUUAAUGGCCAAGGAAAUCUCGAAGGCCAAAUCGCCUGGCCCAGCAUCCUCAGACCAGAAGGGACAGAAAGAUUCAUCAAACACCCAAGAAAAGAAGUACGUACGUCGAGGGGACCUCGAGGCCGCCCGUAUCUCUGCCUACCAAGAGGAACAGGAGCGCCUCCAACGAGAACGAGAGGAGCGUCAGGCGCAGAAGCGCAAGCUGGAAGAAGAGGAAGCUGAGCGACGACAGGAGCGCGAAGAGAAGAAGCGACGGUUAGCAGAGGAGUCGCGGAAGCGAAGAGAAGAGGAGGAAGCAUCCAGGGAGCGAGAGCGCAGGAAACGCCUCGGAUUACCUGAACUGCCGACAAGGGAAGAGAAAGAUGAUACAGAGGAGGGAGAAGAUAUUCCGGACGAAGAACUGGUGGAGAAGCUGCGCGAGCUCGACGAACCGACUCGUCUCUUUGGAGAGACACAUCGCGGUCGUCUACGUCGAUAUCAUCGACUCCUUCAACGAUCCGUUACGCCGCAACCGAAGCUAUCUGAUGGACCGAUUCCGACCACGCUGGAGCCCGUGCCUGAGGUGGAGAUGAAGAUCUCUACGACUGUACCUAAGGAUAUGGACGGUCGCAAGUACCUGUUUCGGCAAUUGGCGUCGUAUUUCAACAUGGUGCUUUCAGAAUGGGAGCUUGCUCUGGCAAAGCGUGACGUGACGGUCAAGCAGAGUCUCCAAGGGCGACAGGCCUACAACGCAAUGGUGCAGUCGAGGGAUAAUCUGAAGCCGCUAUUUCGGAAGUUUGAGAAGGUUAAUUUAGAUGAUGUUGUGCUCGAACACAUCGUGGAAAUUGUCCACGAGGCCCAGCUGCGGCGGUAUGUCGAUGCAAAUGAUGCCUAUCUCCGGCUGAGCAUUGGCAAAGCUGCAUGGCCCAUCGGUGUAACCAUGGUUGGUAUUCACGAACGUUCGGCGCGAGAAAAGCUGCACCAGGGCGAUCAGCAAGCCCAUAUCCUGAGUGACGAGAGUACUCGAAAGUAUCUACAGAGUAUCAAGCGAUGCCUGAGUUUUGCGCAAACCCGUUGGCCUCCUGAUGACCAGUUGCAAAUCAUGGGGUAG